AUGGUGUGCGAGGCUCUUCGGCAUUAUCAAGUUGGACCUAAUGUUCAUUUUGUGAGCAAUGUGGAUGGAACUCAUAUUGCUGAGGUCAUUAAAAAACUCAAUCCGGAGACCACAUUGUUUAUUAUUGCCUCGAAGACCUUCACUACCCAGGAGACCAUAACUAAUGCAGAAACAGCGAAGGAAUGGUUCCUCAAUAAGGCGGGAGACAAGAGUGCUGUUGCCAAGCACUUUGUAGCUCUUUCUACCAACGUCCCCAAGGCCAAGGAAUUUGGAAUUGACCCUGCGAACAUGUUUGAAUUUUGGGAUUGGGUCGGAGGAAGAUAUUCUCUGUGGUCGGCCAUUGGUCUUUCCAUUGCCGUACAUGUGGGAUUUGAGAACUUUAGGAAGCUCUUAGAAGGUGCACACGCUGCGGACCAACACUUUCUGAAUGAGCCCCUCGAUCGCAAUGUCCCGGUCAUCAUGGCAAUGUUAGGAGUUUUGUACAUCAAUGUGUACGGUGCAGAGACGCAUGCAUUGCUGCCAUAUGAUCAAUACCUUCAUCGGUUCGCUGCCUAUUUCCAACAGGGUGAUAUGGAAAGCAACGGGAAAUUUGUGACAAGAGAAGGCGGCCGAGUGGACUACUCUACUGGACCGAUUGUGUGGGGCGAGCCUGGCACUAAUGGUCAACAUGCGUUCUAUCAACUCAUUCAUCAGGGAACUCGCCUGAUUCCUUGCGACUUCAUAGCUCCAGCGAAAACGCUUAACCCCAUCCGUAAUGGCUUACAUCAUCAGGGUAAGACUCGCGAAAGAAGCAGAAGCGAGCUGAAGGCAGCAAAAACCCCAGCUGACAAAAUAGACAAAAUUCUUCCUCACAAGGUAUUCGAAGGAAACCGUCCUACAACGUCAAUAGUACUGCCCGUAGUUUCUCCAUUCACUCUUGGUUUAGUUGAGCUUGGGAAGCAAUUGGCUAAAGUUAUACAACCAGAACUUGCUUCCGCAGGGACAGUCACCUCACACGACUGUUCUACAAAUGGCCUCAUCAAUUUUAUUAAGUCACUUUAG